UUCGCACGUUUGUACGAAAAUAACAAAGCAAACAGGUGAAAGGGAAGAACUGGGUUUCAACCAAUUGGUUCGUCAAAAUUCAUCAACUUAUGUGAAGGGAAAUCAGAUUUGCUAUCUUGUGAAUUGAGAAUGCUGCAGCAUCAAAUCGUUCAAUCCCCAGCUAGAUUAGGGUUAGCAAACCCUAAUUCGCCUUCUCUUCAAAACUCUACUCCACCCAAAUACCCUUCUUCUCAACCCCAAUCCCAAUCCCAGCAAAAAACACCCAACCCCCAUGUUUCCGCCAUAUCUUCAACCCUCCUUUCGCUUCUCCCUCCACUCCCCAGAGCUCAAUCCCUUCUUCUCCAAAUGGCUUCUUUAGCUUCCAAGCUCUUUGAAGUUUCCCCGAAUCGGGCCCUUUGGGUUCCGGCUUUUCGAGGGUCUCUCCCUUCUUUUCUCUCUUCACAAAUACAAUCAAUGCCGCCGUCUCCACUUGAAUCCACCCCUGCUUCUUCUAAAGAAGUGAUCUCGUUGUUCGCAUCCCUCCAAACGCAACUCUUCGAAGCUGUCGGCCAGCUCCAAGAAAUCCUAGAUCUUCAAGAUGCUAAGCAGAAGAUUGCGAGGGAAAUCAGGUUUAAAGAUGGUGCUGUGCUUGCUUUUGCCAAUAAACUUAAAGAGGCGGAAAGGGUUCUUGAUAUUCUUGUCGAUGAUUAUUCUAGUUAUAGGAAGGCAAAGAGGUUGAAACUGGAGGAUACUGGUGUGGAGGAAGAUGAUGAUGAUUCAUGUACCACUACAGUUGCAUCUCGGUUGAAUUUGUCGGAUAUUUUGUCCUAUGCACAUCGGAUUAGUUACACUACUUUUGCACCUCCUGAAUUUGGUGCCGGACAGGCACCCCUUCGUGGGGCACUCCCCCCUGCUCCACAGGAGGAGCAGAUGCGUGCUUCUCAGCUGUAUGCUUUUGCCGGUCUCGAUGUUGGUUUACCUAAAAACGUCAAGACUGACGAGAAAACUGUUGAAGCGAUGAUCGAGCCACCGCCUGUGCAGCCUUCAGCUUCCAAUCAACUUGCCAAUUUGGCAGCCCUUCAGGGUUUGCUUCCUCCAAAUUUUACAGUUCCAUCGGGCUGGAAACCCGGAAUGCCAGUGGAGUUGCCAACCGACUUGCUGGUGCCACCACCAGGAUGGAAGCCUGGGGACCCAGUGCCACUGCCUCCAUUGGAGUCCUUGCCUAUACCUAGGAUGGAAGGGCAAAACGUACGGCCUGUUCCACCUCCAGGGUUGCAUAGACAACCCGAGUCAAUUAAAGUGCGACAUGUUGAGCUCGAUAUUCUUGAUCCAGAUGAUGAUAGCAGUGAUUAUAGUAGUGAUGAUGGAAGCUCUGAUGAUGAUGAUGAAGAUUGAUAAACUGAUAGUCUGAACUACUUGAAGUGUACUCGUAACUCAUUACGAACAAAACUGACUAUUAAGUUUUCAAUCUUUACCUCUAUGCUAUUGUUUCUUGUCAUUUUAGUUGAAUAGGAAAUGAAGUACUAGGCUCUGCUUUACACUAACAUUUGGUAUCUAGGUAAAGAAAAAAGAUGACUAUAGAGC